AUGACCUCUGACCUGGACCUGGUGAAUCUCUUCCUCAUCGCCGGGGCAACGCUGGCUGUUCCCAUCGUGGCCUUCGUGGCUUCCUUCCUCCUCUGGUCUUCAUCCCUCAUCAGAGAGUACUACUGGUACUGGAGGAGGACCCUGGGCCUGCAGGUGCGCUACGGCUACCGCUUCUGCUUCGCCUGCCGAGGGAAGCCGGGCGCCAGGCCCUCGGUCCUGAUGCUGCACGGCUUCUCCGCCCACAAGGACACCUGGCUCACGGUCGUCAAGGUCAGCGGGGUCAAACGGAAGGUGUUGCGCAACGCAGUUUCAUCGAUGGAGACGUGUGUUUUCUCUUAA